AUGCCAAAUCUUGUUCGCUCAUUCUUCUUCCUCAUAAUUCAUGAUUAUCACGGCAUCAACGGAAAUGUGUCGUUGGAUCGACGAAGUGAAAUAGUGCAAUCGCCCAAUCGCUACGAACUAACCCUUGGGACGGUGGAUAAGUCGAACAACAAUUCCUUGUCCCGGGGAGGCGAUACGGGAUGUUACGAUCUGGGCAGUGCGGAAGCUCGAGCUAGGAACAAUGGCCACUUUGGUGGCAGUAACGGUGGUGCGUUGCACACGGUGGAUGAGAAUAUGAUCAACAACAACUACCAAAACCAGCCGGCAGCAACGAACGGACAAACGUCCGGGAUGGGCAAUGGCAACAGUGGUACGCUGCGUUCGAUCGACGAGGAAAUGCGAAAGAAGAAGUGGCCUACCGAUCGGGCAUACUUCCUCGCGAAGGAACUGCUCAUGACGGAGCGAACGUACAAGAAGGAUUUGGAUGUUAUCAAUACGUGGUUCCGCGAGGAACUCACUCCAGAAGAUUUGGAAAAUCUUCAACCUCUGUUUCAGUAUUUUGAAUCGAUGCUGGAGCAUCACAGUGUUUUCCUACGCGAUCUCGAGCAUCGGAUAUUGCUUUGGGAAGGCCGUGGUGGGCACGAUACGCAUCGAAUCGGUGAUGUGAUGUUGAAGAAUAUGGUCGUGUUGCCUAUUUACGACGAGUACGUAGAGAGUCAUCGAGAAAUUUUGGAACGUCUGAACGAUUUGUAUGAUAACGACGAAAAGUUCCAGCACACGUACCGAGAGUUUGAGCAGCAGAAGGUUUGUUAUCUUCCCAUCAGCUACUUCGUCCUGAAGCCACUUCACCGACUGUUGCAUUACGAGUUGCUGCUGGAACUGCUGCUAGCGCACUACGGUGAGGAUCAUUUCGAUCGUACCGACUGUCACGGUACGCUGAUGAUGCUAACCCGCACGACCGAGGUCAUUAGGCGCGAGCUGACGGCGUCGGAAAAUCACAGCUUGCUGUGUGAGAUCCAGCGCGAUAUCGACGGAUACGAUGGGCUGGUGCAGCCGGACCGUAAGCUCAUCCGGCAGGGCUGUCUACUAAAGCAUUCCAAACGGGGCCUCCAGCAACGCAUGUUCUUCCUGUUUUCCGAUGUGUUGCUGUACGCGGUCAAGUCACCGGUGACGCAAACGUUCAAAGUGCUCGGCCACGUCCCCGUCCGUUCGCUGUUGACGGAGAACGCGGAACACAAUGCGUUUGUGAUAUUUGGUGGCCAGCGGGCAAUUACUGUGAGUGCGGGCACUACGGUGGAGAAAACGCUCUGGUUGGAUGAACUGGCAAAGGCGGCUAAUAGUUUGAAGUAUAAACCCCAAACUCAGUUGCCGAUCGUGUCGAUCAAAACGUGCACAUCGUCUGAGGAAAAUCUGGAAGCUUGCGGUUUGAACAGUGCGCUUGUGUCACAGGUGGCAGCAAAGCAGCCAUCGCCCCGUAACAAUACAGCGCUGCACGUGUGCUGGCACCGUGGCGUCACGAUUUGUCUCGAUGAUCAUCUACGCUCAGGAAGAAAUCAAAUAUCGGGCUACCUGUUGCGGAAGUUUAAAAACAGUUCCGGCUGGCAGAAGCUUUGGGUCGUACUGACGUCGUUCUGUCUGUACUUCUACAAGAGCUACGCUGACGAUGCAGCCCUCGCAAGUUUGCCACUGCUCGGCUACACGGUGGGACCGCCGGGAAUUCAAGAUGCGGUACAGAAGGAGUAUGUGUUUAAGCUGUCGUUCAAAAAUCACACCUACUUCUUCCGUGCCGAGAGCGAGCAUACGUACAAUCGAUGGAUGGAAGUGCUGCGAAGUGCAACGCAAAUUCAGGAAUCCCGCUCGUCGCCUACAAUCAACUCGAACAAUCUGAUCAACAACAAUACCGCCAACAAUGGAUCGAACUAA